GUAAUCUGCCGGGCCUUGUUUAAAAACUGACUCCAUAUUUUGCAAUCCAAGGGAACUGGAGCAAACAUCCCCUCUGGAAAGUUGAAGGUGGAGACCAGUGCUGGGCCAUAACACAUCCAGAAGGUUUUACAGAAGGUUGCAGGCUCUGGACCGCAUGCCGUCAUGCUGUCCUUAGACGAGCCACUGGACCUGAAGGUGCCGAGGGGGUGGGUCAGUGGGCGGGACAGAGGUGCCAGGUCUCCACCCACCCUCACUCCCUCUCCCAUUCACGCCAAGGGGGCGGGGCAGCUGCGGAUGGCAGACGACGGGACCGCCGUCAUCGUUCCAGCGUCUCCUGCCUCUCCACACACAGGUGUCCUGCAGGCUAAAUCGGAGACCCCCACACCACCCGCUGUGGACCUCAGCCUGUCCCCGUCCUCCAGAAACACCGCCUGCUCUCCAGAUCUCGCCAAUGGAAAUGGCUCAGCUCCCAUUUUCCCCGGGGACUCAGCUCAUAUCCGUUAUGUGGAGGGAGGGGCGACAUCUCAAGCAUUCCAGUUCUUCCUGCCCAUUGGAGGAGGUGGAGGGCUUCACCUGCCUUCCUCGAUGUUCAUUCGGCAGCCCAAGGACACACGAGCUUCUCCAGACCUCUCCGCAGAUGAACAGCUGGCCUGUCGCUGGAGGAGGUGCCACCUACUUUUUGACUCCUUGCAAGACCUGGUUGAUCACGUCAAUGACUUCCAUGUAAAGCCUGAGAAGGAAUCUGGGUACUGUUGCCACUGGGAGGGAUGUGCACGCAAAGGACGGGGAUUCAAUGCCAGGUACAAGAUGCUGAUACACAUUCGUACUCACACCAAUGAGAAACCUCACCGCUGUCCCACCUGCAACAAGAGCUUUUCCCGCCUGGAGAACCUCAAGAUUCACAACCGCUCGCACACAGGAGAGAAGCCUUACAUCUGUCCCUACGAGGGCUGCAACAAGCGCUACUCCAAUUCCAGUGACCGGUUCAAACACACGCGCACGCACUAUGUGGACAAGCCCUACUACUGCAAGAUGGUGGGCUGCUUGAAACGCUACACGGACCCCAGCUCUCUGAGGAAGCAUAUUAAGGCUCACGGGCACUUUGUCGCCCAGGAGCAGGGAGGUCCGGGUGGGGUGGGCUCUCUGAUGAAGCCGGGGCAGAUUGCAGGGGCUGGGAAAGAAUCUGAGCUGACUUACGUCAGUGGGGCCCACUUUAUCAUUCCUGGUGCUGCCGCUGCUCUUCUGGGUGGUCACGGUCUGCAGGGUCUUGGAGGCUCCCUCCCCUUGUCCCCCCUCAAUCACCACCCCUUGGACUUGAGCACACUGGGCUGCCCAAGCUCCCCUCCAGCUGGGCUUGGGAAGGCAUCCAUCCUGUCCUUCAAUGGUUCGCCGCUUGGCCUGGCCAAGUCACCCUUGCUAUCUCAUACCUUCUCAUCUUCCACGUUGGGGUUGCCCAUGGUGCCUAUUUUGGGCUCGGAGCGCAGGGACCAUGGCAAGGGCAAGGCCAGAGGUGACGAGGGUGAAGACGAGAUCCACGGUGGCGUGCUCAACUUGUCUACGGGGGCAUCCCACGACCCCCUGUCUUGGGUUGUCAUCCCUUCUGGCCCAGUGGUGCUGAAGCCAGCUGUGGUCAACUGAGCGCCACAUUCCAGAGGAAUGGCAGGGGAAGGGUGGGGGUGGAACAGGGGUCAAAGGUCAGAGGCAAGCUUAUGGGGGUUUUCUCAAAGCAAAUGCAGUUUUGCUUGGAGGUGACACCAUCUUUAACUUUUAAUGCUUCUUCAUUUUUCAUUUGUACCUUAUGGUCUGGCACAGCUACCUGUUUCUUUUGGUAAUAGGGAUGGUAUCUUGAAGCAUAAUUAUCCUAACAAUCUAGAAAGUGGCCAAACACUCACCUCUACUGCAUUCUUUUUCUUUCUGGCUUAUCUUGUUACCAGGGUUAUCCAGUCUUGCUCCUGGAGAGUUCAGUUCCAACCUGCUUCAACACACUUGCUUGAAAGUUUUGAGUGAUCCUGAAAGAGCUUGAUUAAUUGUGUUAAAUUAGGGUUGGGGCUAAAGUAGUGGUGGGCAAAUCUGGCCCUCAAAGUCCACUGUACUGCAGUUUAGUUACAACCCUCGCUAAACACAAACUAAACUAAUGAAAUUCUAUAAGAUUACUAGAUAAAUUACAGCCAGGUGAGUUUGUUGGACGUAAACUCUGCAGGACAUUGGACCUUGAGGGCCAGGGUUGCCCUCCAGAAGCAGGACUGGACCCUAAGUCUUAUACACUUUGUUUUCUGUUUUAUGAGAGCACUGAUCUAAACGGCAGACUUCCGAAUCUGUGCCCUUGCUUCAAGAGACAACUCUAUUUAUGCGUAAGAGAAACUUUUGGACGCCAGUGUACACAACACACUAAAGAUACAAAUGUAUGCUAUUAUUCUUCAGGAAAUGACCUUCAAGCCAUUCCGUGCAUUAUGAAAAGACCUCUGAGCAUAGCGAGCUAGAGAUCUUUGAGGCUAAAUCGCAUGGGCUUGGUCAGGUUUGCAAAGGGGUGCUGAGGUCGUAGAUCAGACGAGAGCAGCUCGUUCACUUGCCGUCAAUCAACAUCUGUUGUACCCUUUAGACCAGUAGUGUCCAGUUCUGGCCCUGAUAUGCCACUUUUCAGCAGAGCUCAGCUCCUACACACAAGUUUCUAGUGAUCCUGAAGACCUUGAGUAGCUGGUACAGGUGUUUGCUUAGGGCUAGAGCUAAACUUUCCCGGAUGGUGGCCCUUUAGGAGCAGGAAUGGACGCCACUGCUUUAGACUGUCCCGAGCCCCACCUCGGUCAGAGUGUACCCUCUGCAUCCCUUGCAAGUGAACUUCCUUAGCUCAAUGCUAUUGCAAGCUAUAUGAAAAACUGUGCAUUUGCUGCUAGCUGUGUCACUGCAAUGUAAGCAUACAUCUUUGAAUAAAAAUAGACAAAGUAUGAACGACAAUCUGUCCUCUGAGGAGGAGGAAAUAGAAACCUUGACUAGCUCUAUUUUGUUGAAAAAGAGAUUUACAGACACAAGGCUCAGACUGACUGAGUUUUAAGUCAUACAAGGGCACAAACUCACCAAGUGGUCAUGCUUAUGCCCCAUAGGACAACAGUGCCAUCUUAUGGUCAUCACUUGUACCGCACACUACUACCUGAACCAAGGGCCAGAUUUAACAGUAUUUUCCUGCUUUGCCGUAUGUUAGCAUGGCAGGAUAAAACAAAGGACCUUUGGCUGAUGCAUAAUAGUGGAAUGUUUAAAUUAACUGUUAUCCACAACCCAGUGGACAUGCUGACAUUUGCAAUACACCAGUUUAAGUGUACUUCAACAAUUAAGGGCCUAGUUCGCUUAAAAUAACUUUGGUUUCACAGUUUGCCCCAUGUUAAAUCACUGUACUAAAAAUCUAAUAGUAAACCCAGAGAUUAAAUUAGGGACUUAAUAAUGAAGUGUAGAAAGCACUAUUCGGGUGGCCAAAAGAUAGCAUUUUGAUUCAAGGCCCUUUCACGUGACCCACAUCAACGUUCUCCAAUGCAUCAAACUCUAGAGCGAGGUGUCAUGUUUCAGCAUUAUUCCUGAUGCCACCUUACACAAAUGGAGUUGAAGGCGAAGCUCCAAGUACUAAAAAUGUCACAUUUGACCCCAUUUAGCUCUGAUUUUUGAUGUGUAAUUAUGUGCUUCAUCAUACAAACUGAGAAUCAAAACUCAAACGACAGAUUCUGUGCUAGAUUUUAGGCACAUCAUGUUGUACAACACAACCUUUAAGGCAGAUAUUCAUAUUGUGCAUUUUAUGAUGCUAUCUCCAGCGUCAAACCCGUGCAUAAUUCUUGUGUUGAAAGGUGCAUUUAAAUCCUGAAGUGGGUCAUGUGAGACUUUACAGAGUCUUUGGCAUCCUCCACUGAUAAUCAACCUGUCACAAUCAACACCUCAUUCAGAUUAAAAUAAUGCUCUUAAUUAAGUCUUCUCUCCUGAACUCAGGCACGUAACAGCUUCUGUCUUCUCAGGAGAAGUACUUCUGCAACAUAGAUGACAUAUUUAGAGCAUCUUUCAGUAAUGUCCAUUACUCACAGAUUGCGAGAAAAAAAAUGAUAGAACAAACGAAUGUAAUGUUAAAACAUUCCAACUGAAAUAAUCGCACUUCCUUAAAUCAUGUACCCUGCCCUCCCCUCCAAACCAUUUUUUACACUCGAGAGUCUUAUUCUAUAAUUAUUUUUUGUUGUAUUGCUUGUGGAAACUAUACGAUUAAUGGUGUUUUGUUUUACUGACUUUUUUUUGUUUUGUUUUGUUUGUUUUGGACGUGACAUUUCCUGAUGUUGAAGUUGCUUCAUUUCUGUUAUCGCAAUUCUGUGUUCAGCUUUCUUCAGCUGAUGAAAAAAGAGAAAUGACAGGAGAAGGUGACAGAUAAGUUUGUCAGAAGGGUUUGCGUAAGAAGCCCUCACAUUAAGCCCACAAUCAUAUCAUGAUGUUUUAAGCUUACAUACUCUAUAAUGUAUAUAUAAUGUGGUUAAUGUCCUGUAUAAUGGACAUUCAACCAAUAUACAUUUCCACAAGUUGCCACUGUCCACAUCCUGAUCGUGCGCCAAGUUUCAAAAGUAGGCCACUGACCCUUACAUGCCCCCAGAUUAUUUUUAUUUAUUUGGCUGAAGCCAAGAAAGGGUUAACCCUGUGCUUCUAUAAAGACUUUUAGAAGAGAUAACAUGCAAAUACAUGCAGUAAUCAAACACAAUCCUCUCAGGUUUGGAGAGCUUUGACAUCAGCUUGUAUUUAGGAGGCUUUACCGGCAAUGAAGUUUAUUAACCCUUGCAUCCUUUGAGCAAGUAGGAAAUAUCUUUGCCCACCUUCUCCUACUCCCUUUUCUCAUGUUGUUGGCUGGAGAAAGCUGAUACUGACACAGACCUGUCAAGGUCUACAUCAAUGUUCAAUAUCAGAUAAGCUGUUUGAACCUUUAACCCUUUGAGCACUCUGAAAAUGGCCAGUUUUACACAGGCGUCUCCAAAGGCCUUAACAAAACCAUGGUGCAUCCCCAAUGACUCUGAAUUUACUGCAACUGUAUGUGAGAGACUUAAGCAAUAAACUGAAUGGCAAGAAAGAUGUCAUAGCUAGAUAUUUAAAUUUAGAUGUUCACUCCAGUGAUGCAAGAAACUAUAUACGGUACAAAAAUUAAGCACCAUUUUAGAAUAUAAAUAAAAAAGCUCACAUUAAAAAGUAAAGAUGUUUCUAAAAUGAAAUAAUAAUAGGACACAUUCUUGAAGUGCCACAGAGAUGCACAAAG